UCCUUUAAAAUCGAGCAGUGGCAGGCUCUUCAUUGGGGGAGGGUGCAAGCAGACAGAGGACGGACUGGUCUCUAUCACCCUCCUCACUUCCCUUGGUCAUAUUAUCAGGAUGGAGAACAUUGACUGUGAAGCUCUGUGUGAUGGCCUUCGUCUGGGAAACAAAGAAAAUCUAAAGUGUCUUGAAGAACAAAUGGUGCUGUCAUUAGAUGAUAUGAACCUGGGAGGCUUGCAGGUGUUGAGUGCCGGAUAUGUCGGUAAUAAUUCUUGGAUUUGGUGUGGCACUGUUGUGGGUGCCACAUUAUGGACACCAGUGAGUCUGUAUGAUGCUUGCCAGUCCUGCACCUGGCACCUCACUCACGGCCCACAGUGCUCUCGCAUCAUUCCCAUUUGUGAUAGUAGGUAUGUUGUAACACUAAACUCUGCUGGUCAACUGGAAGUGCUUUGUUGUGUGACAGGAGUAACUGUUUGGGAAAAUGAGAGUGAUGACACACCAAUUCUGGACAUUGCCUACCUCCAUGGUGACGAACACAACGCUCAGUUCCUGCUUCUUCUCAAGAACCCAGAUUCUGAUGGAUGUCUACUACGUAUUACCUCAUUUCCAGAAUUUUCGACUAUCUAUGAGUUGGCUGUGAACAGCAGCACAAGUUUAGUGCUGACAGGUGAAGGAACAGAAUCUAUAAUGUUUCUAGAGCCAGAUGUUAGUCCUGUCAGCCAGCUCACUCGGUGUCUCAAACUCAAGAGUAUUGUGGAUGGUAUACCUGAGGCAAGGCUGGGAAAACUUCUGAUGAAACGCAAGUUCAAGGAAGCUGAAGAAUUUUGUGUUCGAUUUGGACUAGACAUCGAAGAGGUUCAUAAGGCACGAGCAAAGUUUUUGUGUGACUUGAUGAACCCAUGGAAUAUAUCAGCUACUAAUAUUACUCUGAUUGAUGUGGAUGGAAGCGGAAGUCUAAGUGAAGAGCUGUUUCUGACCCUAGAUAAGAUCCACGACUCUGAGUUUGUCACUACCCUCUGUAUCGAGGCUCCUUUACCUGAUUUAAUCAUCACAAAAAAGAAUCUCAACUAUGCCAAAGAACGUCUUGCCAAAAUAACUCAGUCUGAGGAAAGUGAGCAGUUAAGCAGUCUGAUGCAGCGAGUGAGUGAGAGUGCUUACCGUCUCCGAACCUUUGAGAUCAUCUUCCCGUCUUCGGAUAUACAACACUGGCUCGCUUUCUCCCAUACUGACAUGCUUGAGGAGUUUAUUGAACACCUGAGC